AUGUCUAACCCAUUCGAUGUACUAGGCAACGAUGUCGAAGACGCUAACGUCGUCUUGACUGCUCCAAAGGAACUUGUUAAGAAGACUACUUCUUCAAAGAAAGCUGAUGUCCCACCUCCAUCUGCUAACCCAGCUAGAGCCAACAAGAACAGACCACAACCAACUGGUAACGAACGUGCUAUUAGAGACAAGGCUGCUGGUAGACAACAAAACAGAUCCAAGGAUUCUCCAGCUUCUGCUGCCACCAAGAAGUCCAACACUAGAAGAGGUACUGACCGUCAAUCCAGAUCUGGUAAGGUUGACACUCAAAAGAGAGUUAACAGAGGUUGGGGUGAUGACCGUAACGAAUUAGAUGCUGAAACUGAAGCUAAGGCUGAUGCUGAUGCCGAAUUGGCUGGCGAUGUUGCUGCACAAGCUGCUGUCGCUGACAACAGAAUGUCUUUGAACGCUUACUUGCAAGAAGUCUCCUCUAACGACUUGAACAAGAAACCAGAAGUUGCUAGAGAAGCUGAAGCUUUGGAAAAUGCUGAAAUCGUCUUCAAGGAAGAAGAAGUUUUAGUUGAAGCUUCCAAGACUAAGAAUGUCAAGUCUAAGCAAUUGAAGGUUAAGGAAUUCUUGACCUUCGACGCUACCUUCUCUGACGCUUUACCACAACAAAGAUCUAACGGUAACAGAGGUGGUAGAAAUGCCAGAGGUAGAGGUGGCAGAAACAACACCAGAGGUGGUAGAAAGCCAACCAACGGUAACAACGGUAACCACGUUGAAAAGAAGCAAGGUAUUGACACUGCUAACUUGCCAUCUUUGGCUUAA